UUGUCAGUUUGUUACGGAACGUACUAAACGUAAAUUGUGUUUUAUUUUAUUAUAGUUCUCCAGUGAGUUGUGUUGUUAAUUUCUCGUGAAAAUAAGAUGUAAUUAACGGAAAAAAUCCACUGAAAACUAAACAAAAAUUUAUUACUUAUCUACAAAAUUUCCCUGUAUAAAAAUGAAAGAAUUUAAAAAACUGUUCCCUAAUAAAGCAGCAUUUAUUGUUUUUUGCUUGUACAUAAUUUUAUUUGUAUUUCAAGGUGUUUUUGUGACUGCAUCGAAAACUGAAAAUGGUGGAUACGACUACAACACUACGCUUGUCGUAUUCCUUUCAGAAUUUCUAAAAUUAAUUAUAUCAGCCACAUUGUACACAUUAAAAAGAGAAAACAAGCCAAAUAUAUUUAAAGCAAUUGCCAUCAACUACAAACUUCUUUUGCUAUAUUUCAUUCCAUCUUUAUUGUAUUGUUUUUACAACAACUUGGCAUUUAUUAACUUAUCCCAUUAUGACCCAACAUCAUAUUAUAUUCUCCUGCAAUUUAGGGUUGUCCUCACUGCAUUACUAUUUCAGUUCCUGUUUAACAAGAAGUUGACAUCAAUGCAAUGGAUCUCCCUAGUCAUAUUGACAUUGGGAUGUAUGAUUAAAAAUUUUGAUGCGGCAACAGUCAAAUCGGACGAGGGUACAGAUAUGUGGCAUCAAAUAUUUAAUAUUUACUUUCUAUCAAUUAAUUUUCAAAAUUUCUGUUCCUGUUUAGCCGGUACUUAUAAUGAAUAUUUAUUGAAAACCAAAGGUUCUAAUGUUGAUAUAUUUUUACAAAAUGUUUUCAUGUAUCUCGAUUCUGUUAUAUGUAAUUUAUUUAUUUUAAUGUACAAAGGUGAAUUGGGCAGUAUUUUUAACGACAUGGAAUCUUUGAAAGAUAUAACUGUAUUUUUAAUAACUGUUAAUAGUGCAAUAGUUGGUAUAGUAACUAGUUUCUUCUUGAAGAAUUUAAAUUCCAUUUUAAAGACAUAUGCGAGUGCAUUAGAACUAAUAAUAACUGCUGUUGUUUGUUAUAUUCUGUUCCAUAUUGUUAUAACAGGAUUUACCAUUUUAUCAAUAUGUCUGGUCAGUAUUGCGGUGGCGAUGUAUUUUAAGAAUCCAGUAAAUAAUACAAAUAUCUCAAAUGAUAAAGAUAAACAACCCCUUUUAGAAAUUGUGACUGACUAAAAUAUUUUUACCUAUUAUGUGAAAUGAAAAUUUUCUACCCUUUUUACGCUAAAUUGCUCAAAGAAAUGUCAAAAUUUACAUAGUAAAAGUUAAUGUGAAGGGCGUAAAUAAUUUUUAAUAAAUACACUUGUUGACUGGUAGAAGAAAAUAUUAUUUUUGCAACAAAGCGCUUAAAAUGGCUCAAGAAAAUUACCUGUGAGUGUCAAAGGUAUUAAUGAUGUUUAUCAAUUUUUAAAUUUAAUGUAUUAUGAAAAAGCCAAAGCUGUAAUAUGGAAAUUUACAUUGUAGAUUUAUUACUCUUAAGUAAUCUCAUAAAAAUUAUAAGAUGUCACCAAAUUAAGUCACAGAUGUACCCAGUAUUGUAUUUAAUGUUUAUCAACUAACCAGUAAUUAUAGUGUGUGAAGCCAUAUUGAAUAGUAGAAAAUAUAAAUGUUAUAAUAUAUACCUACUAGAUUUUUAAAGUAAGGAAACUGUAUUUCUUCUUCGUAUCUUCAUUGCUGAUGGUCGUGCUUGCCCUGGUAAGCCUUUACCGUUUCAUCUACCAGCUGCCUCCGAGGAAACUGUAUAAUAAAUAAUUUAAAACCCGCUCUAAACCUUCAUUGUCAACAACAAUCCUUAUGUUAAAUUAUAUAAAUAUUAAGACAUUGUUAUAACUAAUUAUUUAAAAGUUAUUACUUACGUCUAUUUCCGGUGGCGAUACCGACUAGUUUAGAAACAACCCUAAGGACACUCGACUUGAAGAUGGACCCCGAUGGGUCCGAAACUAGUCAUAGAUCAUCAUAGAUAUGAGUAAUAGCCGUUAAAUAAUUAAUUAGUCCUUAUGUUCUUGUUAAACUGAGAGUAUUCUUAUUGUCCUAAGUCCCCAAUGUGUGGGACUUAAUUUAGUGAGAAUUUUCAUUGUACAAAAACAUUUUACUAUCUGUUUUGAAAAAUAUCAUAAGGAUGAUAAAUGUAUGGUUGUUUCAGCAGCAGGAAACUCGGGAUCAUAUAAGAGUGUAUACUCAGAUUCAAUGAAAAUGAGAAAUUAUAUUUCCUCACAUUCUAUGAGAUUAUUUUUGUAAGUUUUACAACCUUACAAAUAAACACGGUAUAAAGUUAAACUUAGGAUUAAACUGAGUAUAAGCAAUUUCUACUAACAUUUGAUUAUAGUUAGUUUAUUCCAAAUUUUAACUUUAUACCGCGUUUAUUUGAAAGGCUGUUGGGCUAUAAAUUGAUGACACAAAGAUGUCUAGGUAAAAAACUUUUAGUUUGUUAUAAUUUCUCAUUUCUUUUGAAUUCGACUAGAUACAAGUGUU